AUGGCGAUUCCAACGAUUCUCACCGUGGAAGAACCAGAACGGGAUCUGUACGGCCGCGUGAAGGAAAAAGCCGCAAUCUCCGUCGCUAACGAUCAGUGCAUGGAUUUGGCCACAGCAAUGCGAGGAAGCGAGAAGUCUCACGUAAUUCUCGUACAUGGUCCAUCAGGUUUGGGCAAAACUGCUUUGUUACAGCACGUCUUCGAGGAACGGAUAAGGCAAGAGGGCGGCUUCUUCAUAUACGGAAAGUUCGACUCAGUCCCGUCGGCGAGCCCUGGCCAGCCAUUGUGGACGCUUUCAGCGAUUUACCAAUUGAGUUUGCUUCUGAUAGAGGCGCUCUUAUCCGAAGGCGAGCCUGUAAGCGGGUUUCUGUUAGCUAUCACAUCUGAUGAACCAGGACUUUUUCGACGAGCUCAGGUCAAUAGAGAUCUCGUAAAUGCUACCAAAAUUCGUAUUCGCAACUUUUCCAAGAAUGAUUGGAUCGAGAUGACAAAGCAAACCUUGAAGAAAGCGAAAAGCUACAUUGCAACCGAAGAAUUGGAUAUUCUCUUCAAAAAGACUAUGGGCAACCCUUUCUUGACCGUUCUUUGUGUAAAGGCAAUAGACGAGGGAGGCUUGCUUAAGGAAUUAGAAAUUGAAGCUGACAACGGUGUAAAAGCUGGAAUUUUGUCAGUGAUCAAGGGCCGCCUGAGCCGAUUGGCAAAGCCAGCUCAAGAUGUUUUGUUUUUGGGAGCCUGCUUUGGACUGAGGUUUUGCAUGGAUUGGGUGGCUCCUUUUGUCACGACAUAUGGAUCAACACGAAACGCUUCUCUGCAACCGGACGUCAUGCCUUUUAAUUGGGGAUCGGGACGUUUGGACGACUCAGAGCAUUUGUCUGAAAGUGAACUCAAGGAGACAUUGAACGAAGCUAUCGUUAACGGCCUGGUCACUAAACGAUGCGGUAUCCCUUGGUUCGAAUUCACUCAUCAUUCGAUCCGCGAUGCGGCCUAUGACCUUUUCAGGAAUAGUUCGUGUAAGAGAGAACGAAUACAUUUGCCAAUAGGCGAACACACGCUUCGAAAGCAGUGUCUGAAUCUAGGUUCUUCUCAGCUGCAUGAGGAGCGCAAGUUGAUUGAACUUGCUCGUCUCAAUGGAAGGGCAGCAGAAAAAUCAAUGCUGAAGUUAGCGUUCUUCUCGGCUGCCCAGUAUGCGUCAGCUGGUUUGGAAAAGAUAGGACGAGUUGGAGGAUGGCAAACAGACUUUGCUGUGACCUGGGAGUUGAGCACGCAUUUAUGUCGAAUGUACAGUUGCCUCGGUGAGCAUGAAGCUUGUAAGAGAGUCGCCAACGAUGUGGUGUCCCGCAGUUCGUCCAUUUUUGAAAAGCUUGGUGCUUUCGAAGCUGUCAUGGAGUCUUCUCGAGUUGAAGGGAAUGUAGAGGAAGCAUUCAACAUAGGAUUUGACGUCCUCAGAAGCUUGAAUGAACCUUUGCCCAACAGAGUUAGCAAAGCGCUUUUAAUUUGGGAAAUUGUCAAGACAAAACGCAUCUUGACCCGGAACCCUUUAAGGAUUUGUCAGGCCUACCAAAAAUGGCUGACGAAAGAGCAUGUGCUACGGUUCGCUAGCCAAUACUUGUCCGUUGCGCUGUCUUUAGGUGAAAAGGCGGGCAAAUCUGGAAGAGCGCAAUCUCUUGCCGUUGGAAGUUGGAUCUUGACGCCUUUGCAAGGCACCGUCUCGGAAGCAGCUGGUCAAGCUCUGUACGGAUAUCGGCUCGCAAUGGAGUGUGGCGAGGUUGUGUGCGCGUGUACCUCAGUUCUUUCUUAUUGUGGCCUCUAUUUUUGGAGUGGACUUCCUAUACCACCCCUAAUGAAAGAUCUGCCGACUUUCCUGACCAUGCUAAGCGAAUAUAAGCAGACUGUGCACGAAGUAGGACUCUCCUCACUGAUGUAUUUCAUUCAGACAUCAACAGCGGAGGCCAAUCCGACUGAUUUAUAUGACGAUACCGUAUGGAUGGUCAGAUGUCAGAAUGCAGGAGCCGCUAUUCAAGUCAAUACCAUUUGUCUAUACCGCAUAAUAUAUGCUUAUUACAUGCAAGAUCUCAGUUCGAUACGAGCUUCUCAACUAGAUGCGCACCGAGCUGUAAAGGUACAAUUGUCAAGAACUUUGCAAGUUGUCGUGUGCUGGCUUUUUGUGGGGCUCUCCGAUUUCUUCUUAGCACAGUCUGGGUGUGGCAUUGAGUUUCAACGAAGUGGCCAAAAGAUUUUACGCAUGAUGCGUCGGUUGGUCGUCAAAGGGGACAGCAAAUGCGAGCAUAUGUUCAUGUUCCUCAGGGCAGAAAAGUACAAACUUGAAUCAAAACAGAGCAAUGAAGUUCUAAAAUCCUACGACGAGGCCAUUUCUGGAGCCGUACAGGCUGGAUUUUUCAACCAUGCGGCCUUGGCGAACGAGCGCGCCGCACUAUACUGUUUAGCGCGUGGAAAGGAAAAGAAAGCGGCUCAAUAUUUCCAAGAAGCCUGGCAAGGGUACCUGAACUGGGGAGCCCAUUCUAAAGUUGACCAGCUUGGGGGGUGCUACUCAGCAUACAUACAACAAAGUUCUAGAAAAUAG